AUAUAAAUCAAAUACAUCAACAAAAUUAAAGAAACUUCCGGAUUCUUACACUCAUGCUAUACUUCCAAUUCAAAGAUCCCCUCAAAGCUGUGGUCUGAUAGAACAUGCAGUUGACGUAAGACCAACUUUAUGUAAUUUUAUAAGGAAAGGAAUUAGUGAAUUUUUAAAAAACUUUUUGUUUCGAGAAUAUCAUUAUAGGAUAGUUGAUGUAAAUUCUAGGAAUACGAUUCAUUUUCAUAACAAGGUUAAAUUGGUUUCUUUAACCAUAGAAGAGGUUAGAAAAUUAAAAAUGGCUGCCAAAGAACCAGAAUCUAUAUUUAAAAUAACAUUUCCAAAACCUUCAUUCUUUCCGUUUCCACCACCAUCACCAAUAUCAAAUAAUUCUUUUAAAAUGAAUAACACAGACAUUUACUUUUGGAAUCUUUGUCACAAAUAUCAAAAUCAACUUAAUUCAGAUGUUUCAAAAUUUAAUAAUAGAAUGGGAUUAUGGGAUUUACUUUCAAAAGAUAAAAUUUUAAAACAAUUGAUUAAUUGUCAGAAGAAACUUGUUGGUGAUGGUAAAAUUUGUUCUAUAUUAUAUUCAAAUUUAGAUCAAUUUAAUUCUUCUCUUUAUCCUCAUGAUGAUAUUAUUGAAUCUCCUAGUACUAGUGCUCCUUCUAUUAACUUUACACCUUCUUCUCCUGAUUCUGAUAAUAAUGAUAGUUUAGUAGAUGUAAGUUUAGAUGAUCCGGAUUCAAAUGAUUCAAAUGGUUGGAAAGUUAUAGAUAUGAUAUUUUCACAAUCCAUGUAUUUGGUUGGGCCUGCACUUAUCGUAAAUUCUAUUUUUCAAGGUCAGAAGAUGAAUUUAUGUAUUGUUUAUCGGAUUGGUAGUGUUGAUGAAAAAAGUGUUGAUUUGUUUGCUGAAG